AUGGGCAGCAGAAUGAUUGAUAACUUCUGCACUAAUAUCGUGCUGAAUACCAAGGACGGAUUCCAUGAAGGCGAUACAGGCUGGGGAGAGAGUGACAUUGAGUGCACCGUAACUCUCAAGUUGGAUGGUGGCGAUGGCGAGCAGUCAAUGUCGAAGGAAGAAUGUGUUCAUUAUGUUGGCCAGAUUGCCAACGAUUGUGAUACCAACAGUGGGGAUAAGCAUGGGGGUGUAUUCCAUGUUGGAAACUGCAUAUCCUUCAACAUGACGAUGUAUGAUCCGUCUGUCGUGUUCGGGGGCUAG